UUUCUUUGAGACGUUUCACAUCUAUCCCUUGAGACAUUUCACACGUAUAAUUUACAACAAAAGGACAUACAGUCUUGUAAAUAGAGUUGUUAAUUAUUAGUCUCCUAAAAUUAUAUUUGGUCUUAUAAUUAGGUUUUUACAUGAUACUCCUUGAAGUUCUCGUCUGUGAUCUGUAAUAGGAAAGAAUCCAAUAACCCAAGUGAUGCUGGUUCUUUACUUUUAAAAAUUAUCCCUUUAGGUCAGUGGUUUCCAAACUUCAUGCACACAUAAAAAUCAUCUGGGAAGGUUGUUAGAAUACAGAUUCCUGAGAGAGUUGGGAUGUACGGCUUCGGAGCAGGAAUCUUCAUUGUGCCAGUGACUAAAAAGAGAAUUAAAUAUGGGUGAUGUUGAGAAAGGCAAGAAGAUUUUUAUUAUGAAGUGUUCCCAGUGCCACACCAUUGAAAAGGGAGGCAAGCACAAGACUGGGCCAAAUCUCCAUGGUCUCUUUGGGCGGAAGACAGGUCAGGCCACUGGUUACUCUUACACAGUCGCCAAUAAGAACAAAGGCAUCACCUGGGGAGAGGAUACACUGAUGGAGGAUUUGGAGAAUCCCAAGAAGUAUAUCCCUGGAACAAAAAUGAUCUUUGUUGGCAUUAAGAAGAAGGAAGAAAGGGCAGACUUGAUAGCUUAUCUCAAAAAAGCUACUAAUGAGUAAUAGGCCACAUUUUAUUUAUUACAAAACAAAUGUCUCAUGACUUUUUUAUGUGUACCAUACUUUAAUAUAUCUCAUACACCAGAAUUCAGAUCAUGAGUGACUGACAGAAUAUUUUGUUGGGCAGUCCUGAUUUAAAACUAAGACUGGCUUGUGGUUAAAUGAAUGUGUUCAGUUUUUGAAUGUUAAUAGUAAUUCCAAUUCGGUAAAUGCUAUCACUGUUUACCCCUUCUAAAGAUAUGAUUAGACUUCGUUAGUAAUGUUCAACUUUUCACAAAGAUGGUGAGUGCCAUCUUAAAGCUUACUGGAGAUUGGUUUUAUAUUUAGAUUUAUAUAACUGGUUUGUGAAUAUAUUUAAAUACUGGGGAAAUUCCUUCACUGUCUCAGAACCAAGCAAGAUUCACCUGUGUUUCGUGUUCAUUUGCCUCUUAAAGGCAAGGGUUGAAGAUAAAUAAGGUAGCAAUGUCUAGAGUUUUGGCCUUAACUAUGCCAAUCUAAUUAUAAUUGCCUGUAUUUAAAAUGGUUCCUUUUACUUAUUGAAAGGCAUUUUAGUGUGGUUUAUGUGUAAUAUUAAAGAUUAUUCAACACUUCUC